AUGACGCGGAGUCAGAAGGAGCUAUCCUAUCGAGUCCAGCAACUGGAACGCAUCUGCUCAAGUCUCGUCCGACAUUCUUGCCCGUGGCACGAGCGAGCCGAACUGCUUGCUGAUAGUCAUUGGCCGUCGGACACCCAGCAAGGGCUACAUAGCUGGCCGGCUUUGUAUGCGCAACCUCCAGUGACCACGCAGGACUGUCUCUCUCCGCGAAUAGAGGCCGACGAAGCGUCGUCCGUGUUCCCGUUGGACUUCCAUUUCACCAACUCAUGGGACACCCCAGUACAAGCACAAGUGCAGUCCGCAUCCGAAUUCGGCAUGAUCGAUAGCUCGGAUCUUGGGGUUACAAACUUCAACGUGGCACUUGAAAGCUUCUACGAACAGCAGCCCUGGUCCCUUCAAAUUCCCCCAGGUAGCGAUGUCGAUGCCAUAAUUAUGCAAGAGCCAUGCCAUUUUCAACAUUGUGAUCUGUCCUCGGUCCCACUGGACGACCAAAGUACAUGGGAUUCUCUUAGAGAAAGCUACGAAGCUGUCAUACCCAGCACCGGCGAACCUCAGGGUGGUCCCCAUUCCACAGGACCGAUUGGAAAUGACAUGACGGGAAUUCAAGAUAUGGAUCUGUGGUCUUUGGCCGACGCAAACCUGCCCGUGGACCUUGACGUUGGUGCUGACUUGUCCGGCGGCACGGCAGCUUUCCAUGGCCCAAUGUCUACACAAGAAGAUGAAGAAAUGGCCUCUUCAGAGCCUGGGACUACACUCGCUGUAUAUCACGUCGAUGAACAUCCACAAGGGCUAUCAGCUUCAUCCGCUUCAGCCCUGGAUCUAGCGGUUCAAGACUCUAAUAGUAGCGUGGAUUCAUUAGAUCCCUCUUCUAUGGAGUCGGGUGCAAAAACAGAGAACCGUGCAGCCCCUCGCUUACCUCAACCAAUCGAGCCAAAUUUCAAGGAGAUUGAAAAGGGCUUCUACGGGGUGCCGCCGCAGUGGAAAGUGGACAAAUUCAUCUAUGCCCUAGGCAUUCUUCUCAGGCAAGGAUUAAACCCUUCACGGGGGCGGGACCGACUCUGUCAAAAUCUUACCAUCCAUGGGAUACGGUGGGUAAUUGAGCGGUCAUGGCCGUCUUCGGAGAUCUUCUGGAGGAUGUCGGGCGCAUGCAUCUAUUUCAGCCAACUUGAGGCUUGGAGGAAUUUCCCCUCCAAAAAAAGGUACUCCCGCCUCCCUCCGUAUUUCCGGCCGACUUGGGCCCAACUGCACGUCCCUCACUCAGCAUUCAUCGAUUGGAUGCCAUGGCCAGAACUUCGGGAUCGCAUCAUUCUUCACCAGGACCACAUCGACAUUGAUUUGCUCGUCCGUACUGCGCUGCUGAAUGUGGUCUCGCCCCGACGAGUCAAGUCAUCCGUAAUGGGGAGAGUAAGAAACAAGAAAGACAGCCUGAACUGUAACAGUGACGGCCCUGGUUCCCCCUCUUCAGAAUGCAAUGUCAGCUUCCGUGUCUGGGACCUUUGCCUUCUCGAGAAACAAAAUGGAAGCAUCACGCCAUCGCCAAGGAACGACAAACGUAGUACGCUUGAGCGUGAAUGGCGUAGAGACUGCAGCAGCGGCGGCGGCAGAAUAGGCGCACGUUCCAAAGCCACCUCCAAAGGCCAAGAACCUUUUCACAAGUCGUAUAACGCUGUUUCUGAGGGCGUGCAGGUGAUCCAGAAGAUAUACGACCUCAUGUGCUCGGAUCUGUCAUCGGUCAAACUAGACCGACGUUUCUUCGAGGAGUAUCCCUUUUUGUACUGCGACAGCGCAGUAUCUCAGUACAAAGUCCAGAAAAUCACAUCCAUCAUCGAAGAAGAUGUCGGGCCUCCGACAGACAUCGAACCCCGAUUUCUGAGCGAGCUGAAAGCGAUUGUGGAAAGCAAUACUGGCACUGAACUGAGACUUGCAAAUUGA